ACUAUUUAGUUUUGGCUGUCCAGAGGUGCGCUCGUGCCAGGAUUUUACCAAAAAAAAGAAAAAAGUUUAGUGUGUGGUGCAUAGUUGGACUGAACUGUGUGUGUGCUACGGUGCGCUACGGGCUACGACUGCGUAGCGGCGUCUCGUAGGAAUCUCAAGUGAGUGACCACAUGCCCGGUCGGUGACGUCACAGCUCGAGGAAGAAGAUGAAGCCGCGAGGGGCGAGCGUCAUGCACGCCUUCACCGCACUCACUAUGCUCACCAUGGCGAACGCCCAAACCACGUGCAACCAAGGGAUGGGGCGCGUCAUGUACGAACGAUUACCCAACCAGCAGCUGCACGGAUUCGAUGAUGAUGUUGUCCGCGAGACGGCGCCCCCGUUCCGUGUGCUGGAGAAGUGCCAGGACCUGUGUCUGCGGGACCGCUCGGGCAACAGCCUGGUCCGCACGUGCAACUCCAUCGACUUCCAGCCCGGGGCCCGCAUCGCCGCCUUCAGCCCCGAGCCCGAGUACGAGGAGUCCACGUGCUACCUCACCAGGGAGCAGGCGGCCCCUGAGGGCAUCGGGACGUUGAUGAUCGUGCCCAAUAGCGUGCAUUUCAAUGAGAUUUGCUUGACUUCGAACCGUCCAGAGCGUGAAUGUCCGUCCCGCCGGUACGUGUUCGAGCGGCACGCCCGCAAGCGCCUGAAGCUCCCACCUUCAGACCUGAAGGAGAUCAUGGUGGCCAACCGCACCGAGUGUGAGGACAAGUGCCUCGGGGAGUUCAGCUUCGUCUGUAGAUCUGCUACCUACGACUCUGCGUUACGGACCUGUUCGCUAAGCAGGUUUACGAGGAGAACCCAUCCAGAGAUGCUGGAAGAUGACCACAAUGCCGAUUAUUUGGAGAAUACUUGCUUGAAUGCUGAAAGACGUUGCGACGGUCUAGCCGUGUUCAUAAAAGAGGAAAACAAGCGGUUAGGAGGACCUUUCGAAGCAGAUGUCUUCUCUAAUAUGACCCUGGAGGAAUGUCAAGCUAUGUGCGUCAGGGCCGAAAAGUACUUCUGCCGCUCGAUAGAGCAUGAUGCCAUGACUCGUCAGUGUGUGCUGUCGGAAGAAGACUCGGUGUCACAGAAGGAUGACGUGACGGUCAGCGCUUCGCCAACGCACCACUUCUACGACCUCGUCUGUCUCGAUAAUCUUUCUCACCGGGCAGCUCGCGGCACGGAGUACCCGGACAACAGCGUGACGUCACACCUGUUCUCCCCGGGCCGGCGCCCCGACACUGCCUUCCAGCGCUACAGGAACAGCCGCAUCACCGGGGAGUUCCAUUCCGAGAUCACCGGCCGCUCGCUGAGUGAAUGUCUGGAUGAGUGUCUGAGGCAGACCAGCUUCCAGUGCAGGUCAGCGGUGUACAGUGAUCGCGCUAGAACCUGUCGCCUCAGUCGGUACAACCAGAAGGAUGGCAUGAGGCUCUUGUACGACCCUGACUUCGAUUACUACGAGAAUUUAAUGCAUCAGCUAGUGAGUGGAGAAGGAGAGGCGGGGGGCGCAGGCAGCGGCUCCCAGCCCUGGGGCCGACCCACUACCACAGGUGGUAACAGCGGUGAUCGCGACCGCGACCGCGAUCGUGAUCGCGACCGUGAUCGCGACCGCGACCGCUACCCGUCCGGCGGCGACCGCGACCGCGACCGCGACCGGGACCGCUACCCCGACGACGACCGGUACCCUGACGACGACCGGUACGGCAGACCCGACGACCGCUACCCACCCGGCGCCGACUACGACCUCUACCUCGACCGAUACCCGGGCGGGGACAGAUAUCCCGACGACAGAUACCCGCCCGGAGUCGGCCUCGACCGCUACCCGCCGGGGGUCGGCCUCGACAGAUAUCCCCCCGGAGUCGGCUACCCCGCCCCCGCCGCCUACCCUGCGCCCGCCGCCUACCCCGCCGGCGGCAGGUACCCCGCAGCAGGCGAUCGAUACCCAGUUGACAGCGGACGAUACCCCUACUACGACUAUCCCACCACUAACGAUAUUGGCAGAUACCCGGCUAGUGAUCGCUACCCUGUCAGUAGAUACCCCGUCGACACUUACCCUGAUAGAUACCCAGCUAGUCGGUAUCCAGAAGACAGAUACCCGAUGAGCGGUGGUGGCCGGUACCCGAGUAGACCAGGGUACUAUAACACUAACAGAUACCCUGCUGCUGAUGACCGUUACCCAUCCAGGGACUGGUCGGGAAGAUACCCGUAUAGCCGCUACCCUGUCGGUGUGAACCGAGAACCAAUAAUACCGCUUGGUGGCACUCCUGACUAUUAUAACAAAUAUCCGCAGACCGGAUCAUCCUAUCCACCUGCAGGCUAUGGUCGUGGAGGCUACUACGGCGCAGGGCCAGCCCCUGACCUCAUUGGCGCUGAUCGCUACCCCGAGAGAGGUCGACCUGUAGUCCCAGUAGGUCCUGACAGAUACCCAGUGGAACCUAGACCGAUAUUCGGGAUAAGAAGACCAGUAGAAAGGCCUGGAGGAUACCGUGGAAGUUAUCCGCCUCCAGAGCGUCCUAUUGGCGCACCAGCUUAUGGGGGCUACGAGCCAGAUGGACCGAUCGGGCCAGGGGCACCCAUUCCAGUUGGUGGACCAAUAGGAGGCCCGCUCGGUGGACCAGUGGGAGGCCCUCCAAUAGGUCAGAGGCCAUGGCAAGGGUCCCGCUGUGAGGAUGACAGCUUCAGACAAGUUGGGCGACAGCGCAUGCAGAGGAGAUUCGUGCGAAGAUUUACCACUGCCCAGUCUUUGGCCCAAUGCCAGAGGGAGUGCAUUGAGGCUAGGGAUUUCAUCUGCAGGUCUUUCAACUUUAGGGACGCGGGCUUCAACGGAGAAGCCCGGGACAACUGCGAGCUGAGCGACCGCGACACGCGCGAGCUGGACGCCGCCAACCCCGCGCACUUUGAUAAUACCGCUAAUGAGUACGACUUCUACGAGCGAGCCCUGGGGAGGAUUGCUGACGACUGUUUGGAUGUCUCCCAAGUGUGCAACGAAGACGGAAUGGAGUUCACGUUGCGGCUGCCCGAAGGGUUCUACGGUCGUAUGUACACGUACGGCUUCUACGACCGCUGUUUCUUCCGCGGCAACGGAGGCAACGUCAACGUGCUGCGCAUCAGCGGCGCCCACGGGUACCCCGAGUGUGGGACGCAGCGGUACGGCGACACGAUGACCAACAUCGUCGUAGUCCAGUUCAGCGACAACGUGCAGACGUCACGCGACAAGCGGUUCAACCUCACCUGCCUGUUCCGCGGCCCGGCCGAGGCCGUCGUCACGUCCAACUACAUCGGCGCUGGAUCCGGCAGCCCAAUCCCGAUAGAGUACCUCCCGGAGGAGAGUUCAUUGAACUCGAAGGUGCGGCUGAUGAUCCUGUACCAGGGGCGUCCCACGACCACCAUCGCCGUGGGAGACCCUCUCACGUUCAGGCUGGAGGCUCAGGACGGCUACAACUAUGCCACAGAUAUAUUUGCUACGAAUGUCAUAGCGCGGGAUCCAUAUUCUGGACGAUCGGUGCAGCUGAUCGAUAGAGUCGGGUGUCCAGUGGAUGCUGAUGUCUUCCCCGAGUUGGACAAGGGUCGGAGCGGCGACUCUCUGGAAGCCAGGUUCAACGCUUUCAAGAUACCGGAGUCCAACUUCCUGGUGUUCGAAGCUACAGUGCGGACAUGCAGAGAAGGAUGCCAACCCGCUUACUGCCCCAACCACUCAGGGAGAUCCGAGCCAUCCUUUGGCCGCCGUCGCCGGGACGUGGCCAACUCAACCAUCAUCGUCACAUCCAACGACACAGCUGAAGCCAGGUCCGACGAUGCACCAGACACCAGCACUAAGAAGAUGGAUAAAGACGCAGUGUACAAGGUCUCGAUCGAAGAGGCUGAGGUGGACAAAUAUCUGAAGGAUGAGGUGGAGACCCCCAGUCAUGUGCGGAAGAUGAUUGAGGUAUUCGACAACCGCAACGAGCUGUUAGAAGAGAGUGGCCCGGACUCCUCCCCAGUAGUAGCGGCUGUCGGGACGUGCGUGUCGCCGCACCACUACCGCGCGCUGCUCGCUACACUCGCCGUUCUACUGUCCCUGUUACUGGCCAUGUGUACCGCCGCGCUGUAUAUUUAUCGCCGCUACUGGCGUGUGUUGCGUAAGAACAUGCACGCGUCGAGCGCGGCGCCGGCGCUGCGCCCCGUGACGCCGGGCCCGCGCCCCACCAGGACCUCGCUGUUCGCCGCCUCGCACAUGCACAAACCAUUCUCGCUCAGUGGCCUAGGCAGGACGUUCCAAGAAGUGGGUGACGAAGUGGGGUCGUCGGGCCGGCUAGCCAACGCCUUUGACGACGGCAGCGAGCCGAUCUACACCGACCCCUCUCUCUUCGAGCGCUCCCGGUCGCUCCGCUCUCUACACUCCCUGGAUAUGAAGCCCGAGCGCCGUGAUAGACACGCGUAACGCCGCCAUCUUGAAUUUUAACGUUUUUAAAAUAAUUGGUAGUGCAAAGCCGUU